AUAUUAUGUGCUAAAGGUGUCCCAUCUCACCCCAUAAUACUAUAAGUGAGCAUAGGAUAAAACCAAAAGGGAAUACAAGAAACAACGAGUCUAAUAAUUGCAUACGAAGUAAUUCAAGGCACCAUUACAGCGCGUGGUUAAAGCAUUUUUUAACCGAUCAUUCAUCCCAUACCAGUAGGAUUUAUAUAAAAAAAACAGACUAAUUAUAAUUAAGAAUUAAGUAUUUAAAGUUCCAAAACAACAAAUGGACGACAACAUUAUCUUUAAGUUUAAAAACGAAAAACAUUUUGGUUUCGAAAACGUGCGCAAAGUCAUUAUACAGUUUAAAAAAAGGUGCAAACGUUUCUUGUAGUUAGCCAGAAACAUUUCCGGGUUAAAGUUAUAAAUGCCCAAAACUGUGUCUAAAGCUUUACUAAGUAAAAUGUGCUCUUGCGGAAAUUCGUAGAGUCCCGUUAAAAACAGUUGAAGAAACACGUUUGAAUCAAAUCUCAAUAUAAAGUUUACUAACUGAGUUCAUAUUGCUUAAAUGUGGUGCAGAGUAUUUUAGGCUUUUCGUGCAUGUAGAAAUAUGAUAAGUUUUAAUCUACUUCUGUGUUCAUUGGUUCUGCUGGUCUGUGUAUCCGAAGAAGGAAACGCUUGGCUUUGGAACAAGAGACGGCGUGCUUGCGAUAGAACCGCCUGUGUAUGGCAUUGGGGAGCGUGUUCCAGAAACUGCGGAGGUGGAACACAGUCCCCUGUUGUAACGAGAAACAAGGGUGCAUGUGGCACCUGUGACAAGCCAUCGGGACCGAGGGCAUGUAAUACACAAUGCUGUGCAGUUAGUUGCGCAUGGGCUUCCUGGAGUUCGUGGGGUGGCUGCUCUGGGUGCGGAUUGAGUUCACAAACAAGAAACAGAAGAUACAGCAGACAAGCAAGCUGUGGAGGUUCAGCGUGUUCAGGGUCAAGCAGUGAAACAAGAUCUUGUAAUGCUGGAUGUUGCAGUCGCAGUUGUAGAUGGGGUAGUUGGAGUGUCUUUAGUUCCUGCUCAAGAAGUUGUGGUGGUGGAAUUCAAACAAAAACAAGAAGUGUUGCGAGAUCUGCAUAUUGUGGAGGAUCACGCUGUUCCGGUCCCGCAACUCAGUCGCAAGGGUGCAACACUCAAUGUUGUCCAAGGCACUGCGAAUGGUGGGGUUGGACUGGAUUUAACGCUUGUUCUGUUUCGUGUGGGGGUGGGACCCAAUCCAGAUCUCGUAGUGUUGCCGUUUCUGCUUUAUGUGGCGGUAACUCUUGUCCUGGAAACCCAACAGAUACUAGAGUGUGCAACACUCAAUGCUGCCCUGUCCAUUGCUCGUGGGGCAAUUGGGGUAGAUACGGGUCUUGUUCACGAAAUUGCGGCGGGGGAACUCAAACUAGGUCGCGUAGUGUUGCCAUUCAACCAAGUUGUGGCGGGUCUGGUUGUCCGGGAUCAACUGUUCAGUCGCAAAGGUGCAACGCUCAAUGCUGUCCAAGGCACUGCGAAUGGUGGGGUUGGACUGAAUUUAAUUCUUGUUCUGUUUCUUGUGGAGGUGGGAAUCAAACUAGAUCUCGUAGCGUUGCCGUUUCUGCUUUAUGUGGCGGUAACUCUUGUGCUGGAGACCCAACAGAUACUAGAGUAUGCAACACUGAAUGUUGUCCUGUGAACUGUCAGUGGUCUUCUUGGAGUCCCUUCAACUCU